AUGAAAGCCAACCAGUAUGAAUCGCGACACCUGUCGAUUAGCGAUGCACACAAGAUGGGUCCGAUGUCGAUUUCAUUAUGCCCUCUGCGAACACCGGAAGCAUCUGGAGGGUCCACACACGUUCCACCGCCUCUUAUACCGCCAUUACUACAGCAGCGCUUAAUGUCUCAAGCUUCUCAAAGACAAGUUAUGGUUCCUAGUUCGUAUGCACUACGGCAGAGCUCACCCCAAGUUACUAAUAUAAUGGGCGAACUGACGUCCUUAAAGAACUCGCUAUAUCAAUCGCUGAACGGCGAAUUGACUACAGAGGAAUACAACAGCAUUUAUCAGCACCUAGCUCAGCUGCUGGCUUCUCUGCCUCCACCGGUGGAGGCAUCGCCUACGCAGCCGCAUACACGGCUACCCUCUAUUUCUCAAGUUAUAGCUGGUAACGAACAGCAAGAUCUACAACAGCAAACUUUCAUAAUAUCCUCCAAAGACAUAUAUAACCAUGCAUACAUUUCACCACCGGUCAGUUCUACUCUACCUACUAUGCCUGUGUCUUCAGAGGUCUCGGUGCAGUCUACACAAAAUACUGGUGGAAGGAGGAACGCAUGCAAAGUAUGCGGAAGAGAAUGUCGCCGACCUUCGACACUAAAAACACAUAUGCUAACCCAUACGGGACAGCGACCUUUCCGGUGCAGGUUUCCUGGAUGCAAUAAGAGCUUUAAUGUAAGAAGUAAUAUGCUAAGACACGAACGACUACACGAUAGAAACGGUGAAAUGAACACUACUAAAACCUCUGUGACCACGGCCACGACUAAUACUACUGCCAACGAAACAUUAGCGUAA